AUGGCCCUGGAACGAGCCACAACUCCCAACCGACCCGGAAAAGACCAUCGAGCUCUUCUAAAGACAGAAGCCGUUCCCUGCGCUGGCUUCCGGUUCCUGAUAGAGAAACGGGUGGGAACCUUUUGCGAGAACAGCGUGGACGGAGAGUGUCUGGAAAAGACGGGCCGCUUCUGCUUCGAAUUCAAUGAAGGGCGUCCGCGCCGUUCAGAAUCCUCGGUGGUUCCUUUUCUUUACCUCGGGUGCUUUAUAUGUUUGUCCUGUAACAGGGAAGAUGGAGGCUGGUGGAGGAGCUGGCUACAGCAAAGCCUUCAAACGGUCAGAGAGAAGUCUACAGAGGCCUUGGAGUUCAUGAAACGUGAUCUGACAGAAUUCACCCAGGUGGUCCAACAUGAUACAGCUUGCACCAUCGCUGCUACUGCCAGUGUGGUCAAAGAGAAGUUGGCUACGGAAAGCUCUUCGGGGGCAACGGAAAAAGUGAGAAAAGGACUCUCCAACUUCUUGGGUGUUAUUUCUGACACAUUUGCACCCUCCCCAGAUAAGACCAUUGACUGUGAUGUCAUAACCCUGAUGGCAACUCCAUCUGGGACCACAGAGUUGUAUGACAGUGCCAAGGCUCGACUCUAUAGCCUCCAGUCUGACCCGGCCACUUACUGCAACGAAGCUGAUGGACCACCUGAGCUGUUUGAGGCCUGGCUUUUGCACUUCAGCUUGGAGGAGAAGAAAGGAGAGAUAUCUGAGUUGCUGGGAAACAGCCCGUCCAUCCGCUCCCUCUACUCCAAGAUGGUGCCUGUGGCCGUCUCCCACUCGGAAUUCUGGCAGCGGUACUUCUAUAAAGUCCACCAGCUGGAGCAGGAGGAGCUCCGGAGGGAGGCUCUGAAGCAGCGGGCAGAGCACAGUGUUCACUCGGAGGAUCCAGGAUGGGAGGAAGAGGAGGAAGAAUUUCUUGGAUCCUCUUCCUCCUCCUCCUUACAAGCUGUAGUCCAGGCAGAGGCUUUCCCCAUCUUGGCCGCAGAAGCCGUUCCGACACUGGAGGCCUCGGUGGAGAUGUGGGCCACGCUGAGCCCCACCCCGGUGGAGGCGACCCCCUCGGAAAGCAGCGAGAGCGUCUCCCUGGUGACUCGGAUCACAAACCCCACCGCUGGGCCUGCCUCCCCCUUACGGACUGGAGCCCCACUUGCAGGAGCUGAGGGGGACGAGUCUCCGAAGCUGCAGGAAGCCAGCAGAGAGGAGCAGGGAAGCUCCUUGGCUAACGCAGGGGAGCCUCUGCAGCCUUCUCCACCUCCCCAGGAGGCCACGGCCUCUUCAGAGCAGCCUAAGCAGCGCGCAGAGAGCAAGUCAGCCAGCAGGACGGAGACUCCGCGAGAGGAGGCGCCUCUGGACUUGCGGCUCUUUGAGCUCAACUCGGACAGCGGGAAGUCCACACCAUCCAAUCACGGGAAGAAAGGCUCCAGCACAGAUAUAAGUGAGGACUGGGAAAAGGACUUUGACCUGGACAUGACGGAAGAAGAGGUUCAGCUGGCACUUGCCAAAGUAGACGUUUCUGCGGCGGAGAUGGAAGACGAAGAAUGGGAGAACUGGGAAUAACGAGGGCUUUUGCUCUCCCUGGGCUCCU